AUGUGUUCCGUUGAAGCCAACCCAGCAAGUGAUGAGUACUUUGAAGCUCAAGCUCACUUGUACAAACACAUUUUAAGCUACAUUAAUACCACAAUUCUCAAGUGUGCUGUUCAGCUAAGAAUUCCAGAUAUCAUCCACAACCAUGGCCAACCCAUUACUUUUCCUCAAUUCGCCUCCACUCUUGAACUUCACCCAACAAAAUCUGCCUCUCUAGAGAGGCUUGCUCGCUUACUGGUGCACAAUGGCUUCUUAGCAGCAGAAACGAAAGUGAACGAGGAAGAUGAAGAAAUGGAGGCAUACACUCUCACUCCUUGUUCUAAACUGCUCGUCAAAGGCAUGGAACCAAACCUUGCAUCAAUGGUGUUAUGGUUUGCUGACACUGGUUGCAUGGCUGCGUUUGAUUUGCUGGGAAGCUGGUUCAAAGGGGAGGUGAAUAUCAUUGCUACAGAGGGAAGCGUUUGGGAUGUACUUGAUCACGAUCCUCAAAAAUUGAAGUCUUUCAAUAAAGCUAUGGCAAGUGAUUCACAGAUGAUUAAUGUAGGACUUAGAGACUCUAAGUCAAUCUUCCAAGGAUUGAAAUCUAUAGUUGAUGUUGGAGACAGCCCAAGCACCACAUGUAGAAUCAUCGCCAAAGCAUACCCUAAUUUGAAAUGCAUAGUGUUUGAUCAUCCACAUGUUGUGGCAUAUUGUUCAGCAAGCAAAAACUUGAGUUAUGUUGGUGGCAACAUGUUUGAAUCCAUCCCUUCUGCGGAUGCAGUUCUCAUGAAGUGGAUUUUACAUAAUUGGGAUGAUGAAGAUUCUUUGAAGGUACUGAAAAAAUGUAAGGAGGCAAUCGCAAAGAAAGGCAAAGAAGGAAAGGUGAUAAUAAUUGAUGCAGUGAUAAAGGAGAAGGAAAAUGAUAAUGACAUGACAGAAGUGAAACUCUUGUUUGACGUUCUGAUGAUGAGUUUGCUCAAUGGGAAAGAAAGAACUGAGAAAGAAUGGAAGAAGCUUCUAGAAGCUGCAGGCUUCAAACAUUACAAGAUUACUCCUUGUUUUGGUUUUAGGUCAAUCAUUGAAGCUUAUCCUUAA